CAUCCUUCAAUCCAUCUCCCCCUUCAACUUCCACCUGCUCUUUGCAAGUCGAUCCUUUUCUUCGCAAUGGCAAGCCCUUUUGCUGACUUUACCCCGCUCGAGCGCCGUAACCUCAUCAUCUACAUGGUCGGCAUCAUGCUCUACAAAUUUGGUCUGGAAGCCUUCACUGGUUCCAUUACUUUGCUGGCUACCGAUCGCUUUAACGAGGCACGGACCUUUACCAACCUGGCCAUCCUUCAGGGUCUCAACCAGGCAUUCCAGUGUGUUGGAUCCAUUGCUAUCGCUCCCCUGAUCAAGCGCUUCCCCACCCGUUCGGUUCUCGCGACCUCAAUAGCCUUCUUCGGUCUCCUCUCUGCCCUCAUCAUCAUUAUUGAUGUCUCCACCGGAGGCAAGAUCCCUCUUGAGGGCAAGCAACGCUAUGGUCAAUGGAGCUCACUCAUACUCUUCCCAAUCUACAGCAUCAUUGGUAUCUGCCACGGAAUGGUCGAGCUCAUCCGUCGUGUCAUCCCCAAAGACAUUGUCGGUGGCGAUAUCGUUAAGCUGAAGAAGAUGGAUGCCACCGUCCAUGUCUUCUACGAGAUCGCCGGCACCGCUGGAGCCUUCUUUGCCACCUUCCUGGUUCUCAACCUUGGCAAUGCCCUUGCUCCUUCGAUGACGCCCUUCCUCUUUAUCCUCGCCGCCGUCGCCUGGUCUUUCAUUGGUCUCUUGAGCUCUGACCACGAGAACCGCAAGGCCCUUGCCUCGUUAGAGGAUCACUCGCUGAUGUCGCAGAUCGGACAUGGCUUCACUCACUUUGCCAUGUCCAUGUACCGCGGCGCUCAGAUCGUCUUCUCGUCCCGCAGGUUUAUCUGGCUCAUUCCUGGCUACUCUAUCCCUCUGUUCACCCACCGCUAUCUCGAGUCUCAGCUGUCGCCUGCCUUUGCUAAGCGCAUCCUGAAGCAGGGUGCUUAUGCUCAGAUCAUGGUCGGAGGAUCCAACUUUGGUGAAUUGCUCGGAGCACUUUUUGUGCUGUUCUUCGCAAAGAAGAUCAAGACACCCCUGCCCUGGUUGCGCCUUGACGCUUUGGGCCUCUUGCUCGUCUGGGUCCUGCCGUAUUCUUAUCCCGAUCCCGCAAAUUCUCUCUCUUUCGCCUGGACUUUAGCCGCGAUUUGGAUCCCCGUCUCGUUCGGCUGGGCUGCCGGCGAUGUCUCUCUGGCCGCGUAUAUCCAGUCGGCCCUAGCCAAGAUCGAGCGCCCUGAUGACAGGGUGUCGCCCCUGGGUGCCGUGAUGGCGUUCUUAUACGUCUUCUACAUUGUCCUCUAUGCAGUUCUUGGAGUUGUCCUGGGACGCGUCGUUGAUAAUUACAAUGCGAGGGGCGAUAUCCGCCCUGCUCUAGUCUAUGUCGGAGGUGUCAUGUACACAGUUGUGUGUGUCAUUCUCUUGCUUGCGACCUUCAUUCCCAAGGGUUCCUUUGCUCUGAACCCUGACAUCAUUGACGACGUCGAGAUC